GUGGAUGUACUGAGGAGUUUUAAUAAAUUGGGGCAAACUGCAUACAUGUAUUUAUUGUCCUAGCCUUUUGAUGUUACGAGAAAGAGUAGGUCAUAGCCGACUUUGUGUCCGAGUUUUUGUCAUGGAUCUGAAAGUCAAAAGUUAUUUGAGAACGAAAACCCUCUCUUUGUCUCUGCGUCUAGAGUCUUUGGUGAGAUAAGAACAGAGACGACAAGACAAGAGGUGAACGAUAAACACAAAACACAAGGCACGUGAUUGCCCAUUUUACAACAUCCGAGCCCAUGUGUUAAUGUUUGUAUAGGAAAAUCCAAAAAAGUUUGGCCCUUUGCCCUCGCUAUGACAGUUGCCUCCUGCGGCGGCGCUAUGCUCGCAAGCAAACCAAAUGCUACGCAAGCGAAUUUCUUCACUUGAGAUCCACCUAAUCUCAUAUUCAGUCUACGUCUGCCUUCCCCUUAAUAUGAUAUAGAUAGUAUCGAAAAAGCUUUGCUUCCUUUAUUUCUUGGCUUUAGGGUUUAGAGCGUAGUCUUGCCAUCCUAUCCUGCUCUAGUCUCUCGCACUUUGCCUGGGUUAAAUGGCUCUUCUAAGUAGUGUUGAUGCAAAUCCAGUAUCAUCAAUAAGCAGGACCGAGCCCAUGUUAUAUGGCUACAUGGAACACAACUACGUGAUCAUGGAGAAGAGACAGCUGUUCCUGAGGAGCUACCAGUUCUGCAGAAAGAGGAGCAUGGCAGAGAGAAUCAAGAGAUCCUUGGUUAGGGUUAAGAGGGUGAUGUGGUUUAGGUUACGAUCUGCCCAUAAACUGAGAAGGUCGGUCUUGUCCAGACUCCGAUUCGCCUUGUAUCGCAGAAGAAGAUUUAUCCGUCUGAGGAACAACCAUCACCGGCACAGUGGUAACUCCGGCUGCUUCCUGUAGGACUUAGCUGUGGUAUUUCUAAUUUGGAAUUAUUAUUUGUGAUUGGAACUUGAUAUUUGAGUUGAUAUAACUCUUAAUACCUAUUCCCUUAUGUUCCUUGGCGCAAGACGAAAUUUGCCUCUCUUGGAGCUUUAAAGAAAAAGGCAAAUUGUCAUUUGUGCGAUUAGUUGCUUGCUUACAUGUAGUAAAUAUGAUAGUGGCAUGACUAGCAUUUCUUUGAUCCAACUUGCAGGCUUUAUGUUGAAAUUUAAUAUACUUGUCUUGUUGAAAUUUGAUUGUAUUACUGAAAGCUUUAGACUUUUAGUUAUAUCAAUUUAUGAAAAUUAUUUUCAAUA